UUUUCCCGAAUGGCAACAUCCAAAUUGCCUUGUCCAGCUCGGCUUUUCUUUCAUCUGCCUUGGUGACUGUGAAGAUCUUCACCGUUAGAAGGCUGAACAGAAGGCCAGAAGACACACUUCUCGGCGACAGAACAUGGAAAAGUUGGUAGGAGCUGACGAAUGUUUAUUGGACUUCACCCAAUGACAUGUAAGCAACGGAUCGCGGUUCGCUUGUUUCAGUGUCUUGGAGCUCCCUUGUGAAGCACCCUCCAGAUGAUCGGGACCCUGAUUGUCACUUCUCACUUCCUCUUCGGGUUUGUCAAGAUGUAAUUCUGACGGUCCAGAUGAGUCUUCCUCUUUGCAUGACGUCUUUUCCUCCAUCUUUUCUUUCGCAUCUGACCGAAUCUGCUUGUUCCUGACGGGAAAGCGUUGGCUGCGGGUUUGCCCCAGAUGGCGUUAUACCAGUCCUUGUUCGUCUCGUCUGCAACUUCACGCACUAAUGACGACACUGGACAAGACGACCAUUGAGUACGUACCACUUACACGUCCCGCCAGGUACCUGCCUUGCUGUCUUGCACAUGUAGUGUACGGGCACUCACAGCCAACAGGCAUAGAGGUAGUCAAGCAGGGACGACAUGUACCAGUAUCAGAUGCCUCGUUCACUGCCGGCCUCACCUUCCCUGCGGUACCUGGUGGCCUUGGCUGCCGUCCGAACUGGAUCGAGAUGAUGCCAUAGCCCCCUUUCCCAUACGCCUUCCUCAGUCAUGAAGCGAAGUCGAAUUUGUUUAUAAAGAACACCUUCUUCUCCCGAUCUCAACUCAUAUUCCCCGAUUCAUCAUCAUCAACAACCUACACUACAACUGACCACAACGAACAACAAACACUCUGAUACCCCAACUACCUUUACAUUAUACCUCCAACCCAUACUCAACACACAAGAACAUCAUCCAAUAUGUCCAGCAUCAUCAACAAGAUCAAGGAGGCUGUCCACAGCGACAACUCUGCUCAGCACGGCGCUCCUGAAGGCACUGCCGGUCCCCACAACUCCCGCGUUGCCAACGCCGCCGACCCCCGUGUAGACUCCGACAUGGAUGGCUCCCACCGCAAGGUUGCCGGUCACGGCGAGCUCGGCAGUGGUCACGCCGCUUACGGCGCUGGCCACCCGGAGGCCCACACUCUUGGCGGUAACCCUACUUAUUCUGGCUCCAACACCACCGGUACCCACGUCGGCACUCACACUGGCGCUCACACCGGCACAACACAUGGCACUUCCGAGGGUGCCUAUGGCCCCCACGGCUCUCGUGCCGCCAACGCCCUAGACCCUCGUGUCGACUCCGACCUUGACGGUUCCCGCGCUGCCGGCACUGGCGCCGGUUACAACACACACAGCACUGGCAACACCUUUGGCUCUACCGGCACCCACGGUACUCAUACCACUGGUAACACCUUCGGCUCUUCCAACACCCACGGUACAUCUGAGGGUGCCUAUGGUCCCCACGGCUCUCGUGCCGCCAACGCCCUCGACCCUCGUGUUGACUCUGACCGUGACGGCUCCAGGACCGCGGGCAACACCACUGGCACUCACAACACUGGGACCUUUGGCACCAUCGGCACCCACGAUCGCCAGAACCACCCCUUCAGCUCCAACACCCACUCCAACGUUGCUGGUUCCGGCCAUACCGGUAUGACCGGCACCCACGGUGCUCCUACUGGUACCCACGGCCCUCACGAUAGCCGUGCUGCCAACACUCUUGACCCCCGUGUCGACUCUGACCGUGAUGGCCGCGCCAACCUCGGUCACCACUCCGGCCCUGGCCCCGCUCCCAACACUGCCGGCCCUCACAAAUCCGACAUGGUCAACAAGUUGGACCCCCGCGUCGACUCCGACCUUGAUGGCAGCAAGACCGUCGGCGGUAACAAGACCUAUCAACAGUAAACAACCUCACACUUCAAACCUGGCCCACAAGGAUCCCACAGACGCUGCUCAGGUCCCCCCUUCUGUUCUCCGCAAGAGCAUCGGCGAGCCUGUCAUUGAGCACGACGACCACGGGCACCACCGCGAGAGGAGGAACAGCAUCAAGACCCACCAGGAGACUUAUAGCGGCAUCUAAUCUGUUGGUGUCUGGCUAGAAAGCUGAACUCCGGUGGCGUUCAUGGCUUAAUGGCUUUUACGACUUUUAUGACUCUUGUUACUUUCCUUUUUCUUAAUGACUCGAGGAUACCUCUUUCUCACUUGUGUACUAUCCUAGCAUGUACCACCUAUACCACGUUCCUUUCUUUCACUUCAAACGCACCUUCUCAAUCAAUGAGUUGUGCGGUAACGAUAUGAUACCCCCAUUGUGGUAAUGGAGGAUGAGGAAAAGUAUGUCGACUAACGGCUACUGAGCUUUGUUACAAAGGACAAUUACCUCCAAAUGAGAACUUGUUGCCUUGUAUACUUUCUGAAUCUGCCUUUCUCCAAAGUGACAGUUCAUUAGUAGAAGUCUAGUUGACACGAGGGCUCUCCAGCAAUGCUUGGGCAGUUAGAAUUAGGGCCAGGGAGUAAAGUGUGACAACAUUUGGCCUCAAAUUCGUGGUCUUGAUGACCAUGCAUGUCUUGGUGUAAGUAAUACGAUGUCCACAUACUCGGCAUAGACACACUAACAGCGAAUUUCAAACCGUU